GCCCCAGAGGGGUCGGGGCGGGGGGUUCCCCCGGCUGGUUUUCGGGGCCCGAUGCAACCGCGGCGGCCAAACGGCUUCGAUGGCUUAGGUUACCGAACUGGCGGCGGUGGGCGGGAGGAGCCCGGGGCGUUCGGGGCUGGUUUCCCCGCCAGGCCCGACCAGGCCCACUGGGUGACCGCCCCACCGGACAUCCCCGGCAGCCGCAACCUCCACCGGGGUGAGCAGACCCCGCAGUUCGGCCCGGCCGCGGCGCCCACCCCGCUCGGGGAACCCGGGAGCCUCAACGAGGACCCCGGCGGCGGCAGCGGGCCCGGGAACAGCAACGAUCAAUUGAAUAGAUUUGCCGGAUUCGGUAUUGGGCUUGCAAGUUUGUUUACAGAGAAUGUGUUGGCCCAUCCAUGCAUUGUUCUUCGCCGCCAGUGUCAGGUUAAUUACCAUGCUCGGCAUUACCAUCUCACUCCAUUUACAGUUAUCAAUAUAAUGUACAGCUUUAACAAAACCCAGGGUCCAAGAGCCCUUUGGAAAGGAAUGGGGAGCACAUUCAUUGUUCAAGGAGUUACACUUGGAGCAGAAGGAAUUCUUAGUGAAUUCACAUCCUUGCCAAGGGAGCUUUCCCACAAAUGGAGUCUCAGACGAAUUGGAGAACACCUUCUACUGAAAGCCCUAACUUAUGUGGUGGCAAUGCCUUUUUAUUCUGCAAGCCUGAUCGAGACCGUGCAGAGUGAGAUCAUUCGAGAUAAUCCUGGAAUUCUGGAGUGUGUCAAAGAAGGGAUUGGCCGAGUCAUGGGCCUGGGAGUGCCUCAUAGCAAACGGCUGCUCCCGCUUCUGGCUUUGACCUUUCCCACCGUGCUGCAUGGAGUCCUGCAUUACAUCGUCACCUCCAUUAUCCAGAAAUGUGUCUUGCUGAUUCUCAAGCGGAAGCAUGUCCAAAGCCAAGCCACCGAGAACAUCAGUUCUGUGCAAAGUAUGUUGGAUGCUUAUUUCCCAGAACUGAUCGCAAGUUUUGCUGCCAAUCUCUGCUCUGAUGUCUUGCUGUACCCCCUGGAGACAGUCUUACACCGUCUUCAUAUCCAAGGAACACGCACGAUCAUUGACAAUACAGACCUUGGCUAUGAAGUGCUCCCAAUCAAUACUCAGUAUGAGGGAAUGAGAGACUGUAUCAAUACCAUAAAGCAGGAAGAAGGAAUGUUUGGUUUUUAUAAAGGGUUUGGUGCUAUUGUAAUACAGUAUACGCUGCAUGCAGCUGUUUUACAAAUUACCAAAAUUAUUUACUCUACACUGCUUCAAAAUAGCAUCUAAAAUUGAGCCCCAGCACCAAUCCAUCCAGCUAAUAGAUCUUGGACUUUUAUCUGUCAGAGUACGUGGAGAGGAAAGAUGAAAUGAAAAUAUCAGGGGAAAAAAAGUAUUUCUAUGAAAUUGUGGGGGGAAGAUAAGCACCCAUGAUGAUUUUUUAGCUUUUUUAAAAAUAUAACUUAGAUUCCAAAACUUGAAUUAAAAAUGAUACUCGCUGCCCAUCUCUUGUCUCCUAUUUUUGAAAAGUUCUGAAAUUAAUUUUUUUUCCAAUCUUGAAGUGAAAAAUUUUGUAGAGGAUAAUCUGGUAAUUGCAAUCUGUAGAUUGUUCUUAGAAUGGCAUCUCCAGUUGAAUUACUCAGUGGCCCUGAACAGUGACCCAUCCGAUCAGAUCAUUGAUAUUUUUUAGCUUGAGCAGCCGAAUUGCACCUGCCGUGAAAAGAAAGCCGGAGGGAUUACUCUGUAGAAACGAUAAAUCUGAGGCCACUGAGGAGCGGGGUUAUUUAAUUGGGCAGUAUCCUUGGGUGAUUAGUAUGAGAAAAGUCUUGAAACGCCCACAGCCUUACAAUUUCCAGGCCUUGUCUCCGAUCAGCUUUUUCCUCUUUUUACCUGUUUCUCUAAUCUUUACCAUCGUUGGGACGAUUUUUGGCCAGGCUUUUCUUCUUGCAAGUCAUCGACGUUAAAUCUUCAAGAAAGUAGACUUGGAGGUAGAACAGAAGGUGACUUGCUUCUGCACAUCUAGCGCUAAUUUUGUCCAAGUUCAAAACCUCUGCUUUGCUGAUAGGCAACAGCUAUGUGAAAGAGCAAGAGCCGUAGGUAUUUUUAGAGCCACUUGUCAAACAUUCAUUACUCUAUAAGAUGUAUUUGUGUACAAAUAGAAUAAUCAUAAAACUGGCGCCUAACUUACAAAUUUACAGAUUUUUUACUAGUUGUCAUUCUAACAGCAGACUCAUUGGCCUUUCAUUUCUGCAGUUACUUUUCUUCCAAGAGGUGCAAACCAAACAAAUUUGGUAUUUGUGUCCUCUCUCAGAUUUGAUAUUUCAAUUUUUGCUAAAUAAUCAGUCUUCAGAAUUUUCUGUGUCAGAAGCGGAGCGGGUCCUCUGGAAUAUCAAAGAAACUAAAUGAAAUUAUGUUGCGUUUUUUGGUCAUUGUAGAUUGCCUUUUUUCCCUUGGAUUUCAUGAGUGAAAGUACAUUUUAGCAAGUACAACUGAUAGGGUUGUUGAAAGAAUCCAUUUUAAAUGACAGGAAAGGUCUGCCUUCUCUUAAAUGAACGUGUGUGAUUAGUUUCUUGAUAUAGUUAUCUGAUAAAGUGAUGUGUAUUUAACUGAACACUCAUUAUGCACUGUAUAGCUUAAUUUUUUUUUCCUCUGUAAAUGAUCCCCGGUGGAACUGUGAACCAUUUGGUACCCUGAAAUGCAGUGACUUCUGAAACUUGAAUAUACUUGAACUUACUUUUGAAAUGUAAGAAAUCACUGCAGCUUGUAAUUUAUCUUGAAUUGUCAUAUUCUGUGGGAAGUUACAUUGUAAAACAAAACGGGUACACAUAUAGAAAAUGAUAUAAGUGGAAAAUAUCUAAAUGGUGUAAAAAAAUGAAUAAAUCAGGACUCUUCACUGUCUUGUAA